AUGCUCCCACAGCUCAUAAGGAUUCUAUAUGUCUUGUCUUUUAGCUUUUUUCAUGGUGGCUUUAUCAGACUGGGCUCCUGUAAAGAGGAGAUAAAGUCCCCCAGUAGGACAGUCCCCUCCUCGCAGUCGCCGUCUGACUUCCUGGACAAGCUCAUGGGGAAAAGGUCUGGCUAUGACGCUCGCAUCAGACCCAACUUCAAAGGUCCGCCUGUGAAUGUCACCUGCAAUAUCUUCAUCAACAGCUUUGGGUCCAUCACAGAAACAACUAUGGACUACAGGCUCAAUGUGUUCCUACGGCAAAAAUGGAACGAUCCCCGAUUGGCUUACCAGGAGUACCCGGACAACUCCUUGGACCUGGAUCCCUCCAUGUUGGACUCCAUCUGGAAGCCUGACCUGUUCUUCGCUAACGAGAAGGGGGCUAACUUUCAUGAGGUCACCACUGACAACAAACUGCUGCGGAUAUUCCAAGAUGGGAGCGUACUAUAUAGCAUCAGGCUGACUCUCAUCCUGUCCUGCCCUAUGGACUUGAAGAAUUUCCCCAUGGAUAUUCAGACCUGUACCAUGCAGCUUGAAAGCUUUGGGUAUACCAUGAAUGAUCUGAUCUUCGAGUGGUUGGCAGAGAACCCGGUGCAAGUGGCUGAUGAUCUGACACUCCCUCAGUUCGUGCUGAAAGAUGAGCAGGAUCUGGGCUACUGUACCAAGCACUACAACACAGGUAAAUUCACCUGCAUCGAGGUUAAGUUCCACCUGGAGAGACAGAUGGGCUACUACCUGAUCCAGAUGUACAUCCCCAGCCUGCUCAUCGUCAUCCUGUCCUGGGUCUCCUUCUGGAUCAACAUGGAUGCUGCCCCGGCUAGAGUGGGCCUGGGCAUCACCACCGUGCUCACCAUGACCACCCAGAGCUCUGGGUCCCGGGCCUCUUUACCCAAGGUGUCCUACGUGAAGGCCAUUGACAUCUGGAUGGCCGUGUGCUUGCUGUUCGUGUUCGCUGCGCUGCUCGAGUAUGCAGCAGUCAACUUUGUCUCGCGGCAACACAAGGAGUUUAUCAGGCUGAGGAAGAAGCGGCGGCGGCAAAGAAUAAGACUGACAACAGCAACACACUACAGCUGGCCGUCACUUUACAUGAGGAAGAUAAGCUCAUUUCAGGCUCAGCUCAUUUCCACGGACAUGGCCUUGUCCAAUCAACCGCCGAGUGUAGAGUCAGAGAGGAAAGUGAACGACCUGCCUGGCAACAACACCAUCAGCACCAGCUACCACGGAAACCUGAAUCAGCACUGCAGGGCCUAUGCCAGGGAAAAGGAACUGGUGAGAGACAGCCGUGGGUUUUACUUCCGCGGCUACGGACUGGGUCACUGCCUGCAGACCAAGGACGGAACGGUGGUGGAAGGGGCCACAAUCUUCGCCCCACCGGUGUCCACCAUGUAUGAUGGAGAGGCGGUCCGCAAGCGCUUUGUGGACCGGGCCAAGCGCAUCGACACGAUAUCCCGCGCAGUCUUCCCUCUGAGCUUCCUCUUCUUCAACAUUUUCUACUGGAUUACCUACAAAGUGCUGCGACAUGAGGACAUCCACGCAAAUUUGUAA